GAUACUACCCACCACCUCCAACGGUACCAGCUGGUGUGGCUCCCUGUGUUCCUCGCUUUGUGAGGUCCAAUAAUGUUCCAGAGUCCUCCCUCCCACCUGCUUCCAUGCCAUAUGCUGAUCAUUACAGUACAUUUUCCCCUCGAGAUCGAAUGAAUUCUUCUCCUUACCAACCUCCUCCUCCGCAGCAGUAUGGACCAGUUCCUCCAGUACCUUCUGGAAUGUAUGCUCCUGUGUAUGACAGCAGGCGCAUCUGGCGCCCAGCUAUGUACCAACGAGAUGACAUUAUUAGAAGCAAUUCUUUACCUCCAAUGGAUGUGAUGCACUCAUCUGUCUAUCAGACAUCUUUGCGGGAAAGAUAUAACUCAUUAGAUGGGUAUUAUUCAGUGGCUUGUCAGCCACCAAAUGAGCCAAGGACAACAGUGCCUUUGCCAAGGGAACCUUGUGGUCAUUUGAAGACCAGUUGCGAGGAGCAGAUGAGAAGAAAGCCAGAUCAGUGGGCACAGUACCAUACUCAGAAAGCGCCUGUCUCUUCAACUCUUCCUGUGGCAACACAGUCACCAACACCACCUUCUCCUCUAUUCAGUGUAGACUUCCGUACGGAUGUAAGAAAGGUUUUAUUCACACUGAUCACAAGAGGUCAAAUAGCUGACUUCAAGUUAUUCAUUCAAACUAGGGUUAACUAUUUUGGAUAUUUUGCAAUGAUUUGGUGUGUAGUUGAAUUUAGUUCCAUAAACAGUCUAUAUGCUAUGGCUAGGUUUUAAAGAGAUUCUCAAGACCAUCCAGACAAGUCCUUUACCAGGGUUUCCAAAGCUUUCUAUUUGUAUACUUAGCAUCUUAUGAUAUUUUCAUUGUUUUGGUUGUCUGUUUUAAGUUGGGGAACAGACACACAGCCUUGCAUAUGUUCUACCACUGAGCUAUGCCCACAACCCCAGUUGGUAUGUGCUUAGCAUGAACAGAGUAUGAACAGGGUUCUAUGUGCAGCACC